GGUCACACAAGUGACGUCAUAUCGAAUGCUAGUGAAUUUAUAUUUACAACAAAACUCGAGGCGUGAACAGUCGAAAACCUUUUGCAGACCGGUUUACCACGUGUGUUUGCGCAAAAAUGGGUUUUCUCGUUGGAGUUUCGUCUAAUUUCCACAGUGGCACUGGCAGAGUUAGGGUUAGUUUUUUGUGCUAAGUGUACGUGCAGUGUGCACAGUUACGAAUUUAAGCGCGCGAGUUUUUAAAUAACGACUUUGAAACAAUGUCGAGCUCUAGACUCAGUGAUAUGGCCAAACAGCAGCAACAGCCCAGGUCUAGAAAAAUUAGCAGGACCGACAGCGAGGUAGCCUGCGAAGAAGCCGCUCGCCUAACAGCAGAACAACAGGAAGAAGAUGACGACGGAUUGUCGUAUUGCGACUACCACGACCUGCCGCCCCCGCCGGACGGUGGCUACGGCUGGGUGGUGGUGUUCGCCUCCUUCAUGUGCAACAUGAUCGUCGACGGUAUCGCCUAUACGUUCGGAAUCUUCCUCACCCAGAUCAUGGAGCACUACGGCGAGACCAAGGGUAAGACGGCGUGGGUUGGGUCCUUGCUGUCCGGAAUGUAUUUAAGUGCGGGUCCGGUGGUCAGUGCGUUAACCAAUAAGUUCGGGUGUCGUGCCGUGUGUAUUUCGGGUUCUUUGAUUUCAACGGCUGCCUUCGUGCUUUCAACCCUAAGUCCUAGCGUGAAUUGGUUGAUGUUGAUAUAUGGUUUCAUAGGCGGUAUUGGGUUUGGUUUGAUAUAUCUACCAGCAGUGGUAUGUGUGGGUUAUUAUUUUGAAACUAAACGCUCUCUUGCCACCGGUAUAGCUGUAUGUGGUUCCGGGGUGGGUACCUUCGCGUUUGCACCAUUAGCUACAAUAUUGCUAGAUGAAUUUGGAUGGAAGGGUGCCAAUCUUAUACUGGCAGGUUUCAUAUUGAAUUGCGUUCUCUUUGGAGCUUUAAUGAGGCCUCUAGAAUACCCCAAAGACAAUGGUGAGAAACCCUUAUUAAUCCGCAUGGCCGAAGAACGUCGUAUGCAGUUAGAACGUGGUUCCAUCGCUGGAUCCUACUUUAUGGUGCAGCUACCAGAUGGUACCAUGGAAAAACGGCAGAAGCAACCAUUAAACAUCGAUCCAGGCGUCCAUUCUAGCCUGAACCUUGACCAGCUGGCGUCUGGCACACCCAUAACCCCAAUACCCACUGUCGCCACCCUCCCAACAAUCGCCGAAGUUAAGGUCCAGGAGCACAGCAGCUCGGGUUCGCCGAGUCCGGGCGAGAGUACCGCCGAAAUUAAAAAAAACGCUCGCGUCGAGGAUAUUAAGCAACAGCAGGAUAACUCGAAAAUGCCUAGAAAUGCCAGUCAGCCCGCUUUUACUACGCACCAUCAGGGAUUGCCGAAGAACGGUUCCGUGCCCACAUUCGAUCGUAUCAGGAAAACGUCGAUGAGCGAGAGGUUUAAGCCCACUUUGAACCCCAUCAAGUCCAAUUCUCGAGGCAACAUGAAUUCAAACGGGGAUAUGAGAAGGCUGAGGAACAAUUCAACCGGGUCUUUCUUAAGUCGUAACAACAAUAGUGAGGUCGAUGUGGAAAGUUUGCAAUAUACAUCAAAGCUAUCGCUUCCAAGAGAAAAAAGUUUAAUGGUUCGUCCAAUGUCCAGAAAGGACAUUUUCUAUUCAGGUUCAAUUGUAAAUCUUCCAGAAUAUCACCAAUCGCAAAAGUCUUUAGCUAAUUAUAGACAAAGUAUUAUGAGUAUUCCUAAAAUAAGGUCAAUGGACGGUGACGGAUCACCCGAUGAUAUAUGCCCAUGCCUUGUUUUACCAGAGAGUUUUAAGUCUGCACUAUCAACCAUGAUGGAUAUGAGCUUGUUAAAGGAUCCAGUGUUUUUGCUGAUUGGAAUUUCGAAUUUCUUCGGAAUGGCCGGAUUAUACGUACCCUUCGUUUUUUUGGUCGAUAUGGCUAUUCAAGAUGGUAUUGAACAAUCGCAAGCGUCGUUCUUGCUAUCGAUAAUCGGCAUCACCAACACAGUGGGUCGUAUCGCUUGCGGCUACUUCGCCGAUUUUCCCCAAGUGAAUGCUUUAUUCGUUAACAACGUUUGCUUGGUCAUUUCCACGAUCGCCGUAGCCAUGACUCCGCUCUGCCACUCGUAUGGCGCUUACAUUACGAUGGCCGUCUUUUUCGGAGUGGCCGUGUCCGGCUAUAUUUCGCUCACUUCAAUUAUUCUAGUAGACCUUUUGGGUUUAGACAAGCUAACAAACGCAUUCGGCUUGCUGAUUUUGUUCCGCGGCGGCGCCGCAAUCGUCGGCACGCCGCUGGCUGGUGCCUUAUACGACAUGACUGGGAGUUACGCGAUUCCGUUUUUCGUGGCCGGUGGAUUUUUCGCCGUUUCUGCCCUUACGAGCUUCAUAGCGCCCUGCUUGAAACGUUUCUCGCCGGAGGAUGAGCCCCAGAUGGGCGACGGGGAUGCCCUCACUCCUAUCGAUGAGGACGAGGAGGAGGACGAGCCAAUCACCAUGGGAAAGGGUGGGGGAAACAACAGCAGCGUCACCCACAGGCUGAUCCCCCAAAUUGUGGAGACCGCUUCAAGUCCAAAUGAAAUAAAACAAAUUGAAUCGGUUUUAUAAGUAUUUUUUUAAAAAUUUUAUUGUAAAUAAUGUGUUAAUCAUGUCAAUGUUAAUUUUUUUAAAUUAAUUUCAGGGACAAAGAUUUUAUAUGAUAUUUAAAAGUUUUAUAUGAUGGAAAGACAUUUUUUAAAAUUUGUUUUUGUUAAUUUUUAAUUGUGUUAAGUGCUACAAUAAACAGUAUUCGUGAACAGUAGUCAAUGUUAAGUGCGAAUUAUGCCAUGUAUGUAAUUAGUUGAUUUGUAAAUACUAAUUCGACAAUAUUUCUAAUGAUUUGCGAGAGACGCACGGCACGCAUCGACGUUUUGCCUUUCAAAGGAACUAACAAUAUAAUUUUUUUUACGUCAGGAUAAUCUUAGGAGUCAAUAUAAAGAAAAGUUUUUUCAUUCGGAAGGCAUUGCGUUUGCUCUCAGAGUUUAACUUUUUAUAAUUAUUAGCUUGAGUUUAAUCUGUCAAAAAUGCUCAGGACAGUUGCGAUUGCAAUGUUUGUAAAGUAAAUAGCCUUAUUUAGUAUCUAGUGUACCUGUGCACCUCAAGUUAAUGUACUUUAUUCUUUAAACUGUACACUUAAGUAAAAGUAUAAAUGAUCUCUAA